AUGUGCAUAGGGAGCUCUCAAGGUCCGGAGUUUAGAGAAGUGUUAGCGCCACCUCCGCCAAUCUCCACGGCUGGCAGAUGUCGCUUUCGGGCGGGACUUUUGGGAUCCUGUACCCUUAUAUUUCGGGAAAAGCCUCGUGAGGACUCGGGCAUAUUGCGGGGUAUCGGAGGCAGAGUAGAUAAUAUACGGACAGAUCUCCUCACACAGUCAUAUCGGGUGAGGCAUGUGCUUGAUGCAUUGCAUCAGGAGACGUGUCCGAUAGGCAGAGAGAUUUGA